AAGAUCCCCUCUGCGAAUGCAUUCAAUGCUCUAAUCAUCGUGGAAGCAUCACACUCUUCUUUCUUGCUCUUCUUCUUCUUCUUCUUGUUGUUUCGGAGGAGAAUCCAAGAGAAGCAAGGAAUUCGUGCUUACCGUGUCCUUCUUCGCUGUCUCUAUUGGUGAUCCCUCCACUUUCGCUUCCCCAGCGCGCCUGUCCUUUCCUUUUUUGAGUCUGACCUUUUUGUUUUGAUUGUCAACCUCGGGAAGAAAUCUCUGUCGAGCUCAUUGUUUCCAGAAUGUUACUGGGGGAGGAGGCCGAUUCUUUCGGAUGGUGGGUGGUAGCGGAGGGUUCAGCUGCUUCUAUGACCUUUUGAGUGCCGAAAGGACGGCGAUUCUGUUCUUUUGACUCUUGAGGCGGAAGGAAGGCAAGAAAGGAGGAUGGGAUUCCUCAGCGGGUUGAUUCUCGGGAUUGCUUUCGGAAUAGGGGUCGUGGUCGUCUUUGUUCGAUCGGAGAAUGCUCGGUCGAAAAUCAGGAGAGAUCUGGCUGUUGCCAUAGCAUCCUUGUCUAGAAUGACAGUGGAAGACUCACGGAAACUUCUUCCUGCUCCAUUUUAUCCUUCAUGGGUUGUUUUCUCUGACCGUCAAAAGUUGAAAUGGCUGAACCAGGAACUUGUGAAGAUCUGGCCUUAUGUUAAUGAGGCAGCAUCUGACCUGAUUAAAAGUUCUGUGGAGCCAGUUCUUGAACAAUAUCGGCCAGUGAUCUUGUCCUCUCUUAAAUUUUCUAAGCUUACCCUUGGUACCGUUGCUCCACAGUUUACUGGGGUAUCAAUCGUAGAUGAUGGCAACAGUGGGAUAACCAUGGAGUUGGAGAUGCAGUGGGAUGGUAAUCCAAGCAUUGUACUUGAUGUUCGUACUAGAGUUGGUGUCUCUCUUCCUAUCCAGGUAAAGGACAUUGGCUUUACUGGGGUGUUUAGGCUAAUAUUCAGACCAUUGGUGGAGGCGCUCCCAUGCUUUGGUGCUAUCUCAUAUUCACUGAGAGAGAAGAAAAAGCUUGAUUUCACACUUAAGGUUGUUGGUGGGGAAAUAUCAUCAAUUCCAGGGAUUUCUGAUGCCAUAGAGGGAAUGAUUCGAGAUGCUAUUGAGGAUUCAAUAACGUGGCCAGUUCGAAAAGUUAUUCCCAUUUUACCUGGUGACUACAGUGACUUGGAGUUGAAACCUGUUGGAACAUUAGAAGUUAAGCUUGUGCAGGCAAAAGAUUUGACAAACAAAGAUCUCAUAGGGAAAUCUGAUCCUUUUGCUGUGUUAUACAUACGGCCAUUGCCUGAUAAAAUGAAGAAGAGCAGAGUAAUUAAUAAUGAUCUGAACCCUGUCUGGAAUGAACAUUUUGAGUUUAUUGUUGAGGAUGCCACCACACAACAUUUAGUGGUGAAGAUCUAUGAUGAUGAAGGAAUACAAGCAUCAGAGCUUAUUGGUUGUGCUCAAAUAAAACUGAAAGACCUUGUGCCAGGAAAAGUGAAAGAUGUGUGGUUGAAAUUAGUAAAAGAUCUGGAGAUUCAGCGAGAUAACAAGUAUCGUGGUCAAGUACAACUGGAGCUUCUCUACUGUCCCUAUGGCAUGCCCAAUGGAUUUACCAAUCCAUUUGCUGAUGCAAGGUAUUCAAUGACCUCAUUAGAGAAAGCGCUUAAAAGUGGAGCAAAUGGCACUGAUACUACUGAUGCUGAGAGGAACGCAGUGCACAGGAAAAGGGAUGUCAUAAUCAGGGGUGUACUGUCAGUGACUGUAAUUUCGGCAGAAGACUUGCCUGCAAUGGAUUUACUGGGAAAGUCUGAUCCUUUUGUUGUGGUUCAGAUGAAGAAAACAGAAGCUAAAAAUAAGACCAGAGUCGUGAAUGAGAGCCUGAACCCUGUCUGGAACCAAACCUUUGACUUUGUUGUUGAGGAUGGGUUGCACGACAUGUUGAUUUUGGAAGUUUACGAUCAUGACACCUUUAAGAAGGACUAUAUGGGAAGAUGCAUUUUGACCCUCACAAAGGUUAUAAUGGUGGGAGAAUACAAGGAUGAAUUUCCACUAGAUGAUGCCAAAUCUGGAAAGCUGCAUUUGCAUCUUAAAUGGACUCCGCAACCCAUAUAUCGUGAUUCCUGAUAUCACUUUGAAGUCCAAGACAGCCCAGAAAGGUACAUGGCUUUUUCAACUAAUGGGAAUGCAGAGCGGUGGUAUCCCCAGGAUUCCAGUCAUAUUCACUGCAGAUAAUGACCAAUCUGUUGCAGUUGAUCAAUUUACUGGCGUCUUGAAAUAAAAUUGUAAGGAUGAAGCCUAUUCUAUUCUAGCUUUCUUUCCGAGCUUGUUGUAAAAAUUCUUAGUGCUUCUAUCAUGUAAGUACGACAAUAAUCAGUGCCCCAAGUGAGUAACGGCCUACUGUAGACCAUGUGAGAUGAAGGGAGUGGAGUUAAAGAAAGUGGGGGUAAUACAAAGUCAAAGUGGGAACUACUGAUGUAAUGAUGGUAUUCAUUUUUUUA